CCCCUCCGGGGGCGGGCACGGGCCCCCGAGCGUGGAGCUAGGACCCUGCACGGAGCCCCUCCUCCCCUCGCCGAAGAGAUGCCCAACUUUCCCCUGCCUCCCCGGCGGCGCCGAGCGCGGAGCCGGGCGGGAGGCGGCGGGGCUGGAGCGCGGCGCAGCGGGCACAGGGGGGGCCCCGCCGCCGCCGCCUCCGACGCUCCCCCCGCCCCCGCCCGGGGCCGGCCCUCGCUUCGCCGAGAUGCCCGGGACGGUGCUGCUGCUCUGCCUGGCCCUCGGGCCGGCCCUGCGCCCCUCCAGGUGCAGCAGCAGCGAGAGCAGCUGAGGUUUUGGAGCUAACAGGCAGCCCCUGUCUGGGGGCUACAAAGUGAGCAAAGGUGCCAGGUGUGAGAGCACAGAGGAGUAUGAUUACGAUUACCUCAGCAUCAAUAAAACCUGGGUCCUCACCCCCAAGACACAGGAGACUGAUGCCACGCAGAUCCUCAACUCGCUGCUGAAGAACUAUGACAACAAGCUGAGGCCUGACAUUGGCAUCAAGCCCACGUUCAUCGACGUGGAUAUCUACGUGAACAGCAUCGGGCCGGUGUCUGUCAUCCAGAUGGAAUACACCAUUGAUAUAUUCUUUGCUCAGACGUGGUACGACCGGCGUCUCCGUUUCAACAGCACCUUGAAGGCCCUCACGCUGAACACCAACAUGGUGAGCCGCAUCUGGAUCCCAGACACCUUUUUUAGGAACUCCAAGCGGGCUGAUUCCCACUGGAUAACCACUCCUAAUCAGCUCCUCCGCAUUUGGAACGAUGGCAAAGUGCUCUACACGCUCAGGCUGACGAUCGAGGCUGAAUGCCUGCUCCAGCUGCAGAAUUUCCCAAUGGACACUCACUCCUGCCCUUUGGUUUUCUCUAGCUACGGCUACCCACGUGAGGAGAUUGUCUAUCGCUGGCGGCGCUAUUCCAUUGAGGUCUCUGACCAGCGCACCUGGAGGCUCUACCAGUUUGACUUCACGGGGCUGAGGAACACCUCGGAGGUUCUCAGGACUGGGGCAGGGGAGUACAUGGUGAUGACAGUUUCUUUUGACCUAAGUAGACGUAUGGGUUAUUUUGCCAUUCAGACCUAUAUUCCCUGCAUCCUGACUGUUGUUCUCUCCUGGGUUUCCUUCUGGAUCAAGAGAGACUCUACACCAGCCAGGACAUCUCUGGGUAUUACCACUGUGCUAACAAUGACCACUCUGAGUACUAUCUCCCGCAAGCACCUUCCCCGUGUUUCCUACAUCACAGCCAUGGACCUCUUUGUCUCUGUGUGCUUCAUCUUCGUCUUCGCAGCUCUCAUGGAGUACGCUACACUCAACUACUUGGUGGGAAACAAGAAACCACUGGAGCACAACAGCAGGAAAGCCCGGCUGCCACCUGCUGGCGCACAGGUGAUGCCAUCCUUCACUGCCAUCAACAUCAACAACAUCAUGCACUGGCCCCCAGAGAUAGAGGAUGAUGAAGAUGAAGACCCUGGCUCCCCGUGCCUGGAAGGGAAGGAAUGUGAGAGGUUCUUCUGCUGCAUUGAGGACUGUCAGACAGGGAUGUGGCGGGAGGGGAGGGUCCGCAUCCAUAUCUCCCGCCUGGACUCCUACUCCCGUGUCUUCUUCCCCACUGCCUUCCUGCUCUUCAACAUUGUCUACUGGAUUGCAUAUCUCUAUCUCUAGCUGUCUUUUGCUCUCAGCUGGAAUGGACUGGAAGCCAGAAGACAGGCUUUUCAAGGAGCAUAGAGAACAGCGUCUCUUCCAUCUAGUCGAUUGUCAUUCUGAACAAUCCAACCUGGUGAAUUCCUUCAUCCUGCUCUCUCAUCUCUUCUGAGAAGAACCAGACGGCUUUUUUUUUUUAGCACACAAUCCUGUCUUUUUAGAUAAUCUUUCCUUCCCAAAAACCCUCUCUCCAGCACCACCAGCAUUUUACUCCUUGUAAGAUUGCCCAGAAAGUUCUAUUCCCCAAAACAUUAGGGAUUUUGUCAAGAACUAAAUCCUUAAUGUUUAAUUUUUUCAUCCACUCCCACUGCAAAAAAUCAUGGGAAAUGAUUAUAAAUCGAGUUGUCUGCAUAGCUAAGUCUGCAAAGGAAAUAAAGCAGAUUUUACAACUUCUGGACCAUCUCAACCAGAAUAGACUUUGUGUUAGAGGCUUGCCUGGGGGCUUCUAGGUCAGAAGGAGAGAAAGGUGAAAGAGAUAAGGUGAUACGUGAAAGCAAUACAGCUUUCCCACAGUAAAGGGUGGCUGGGCUUGGUGAAAAUAUUUUGAACCUGCCCAUAAAGCUGACAGUGGCACAGACAAGAAUGGAUGGAGUAGCUGAAAGCCUCCACCAGCUCCCCAGAGGAUAUCUGUGGAGUAUUACUCGUGGAUCGCUUCAGUACUUGUACCAAGCAGCAACCAAGGCAUCCAGUCGGUGAGGCAUUUCUCUUCAGACAGUGGUGAAAAGCAUCUUGUAAGUUUGGAGUGCCUAUCCCACUUACUGGAGCAGACUUUUCAGGGCCCAUGGUGGUAUUCUGCUUUGUGGUCAGGACUUGGAACGGGGUAUGUAGCUUAUGUUCAGCAUAGCCAAAACAUGUAGAAAAUUCCUUAUGCUGUGAAGACCAAAAGCAGUCUCAUAAGUCCAUUGAGUGGUAGCUGUCUUUGGCCUGUCUCAUGUGAACCGGGCCCUGUUCUACCAUGCAUCAUGGAGGGGCAGUGCUCUCUUUCACAAGGACACUUGUUGAAACCAUCAGAUCUGUGCAUGAUAAUAGGUGCUAACCUGAGAAAGCAGUACUAUAGAAAGGAACACUAUCAGUAGUGCUGCACCUACUAGUGGUGGGGAGAGAGAGUUCCUGCAGCUCAGAUUAUCUUUUAUAUAUAUAUAUAUUUAAAAGAAAAGAUAGACUUCAAUAAAACUGUAUGGCUCCUUUCACCGGGAGGGCUACCAAGUCCUACCCCUUUUCUUCCCAAAGUCAGGAAGGGGAGCAAGUCUUACGUGGUAGUUCUCAGGAAGGUCUGACAGAAAGAGCUGGUUCCUAGUGGUCUCAUUUGCUUGUCAGCACCCUGUCCACUGCAACAGGAUUCAUCAACAACCCCGAAGAGAAGGGCUAGGGAAAUGCAAAAUACCGAUUCAACUGUAUUUUUAAACUGUAUAAUGUGGAAAGGCAAAUCCAGGUCCAAGGUCCAUAAUGUUUACAUCAGCUGCCUCCCCAUUGAUACCAACUGCUGACGUGGCCCACAGCAUGAUUGUGAAAAGCAGUGUGACAUUAAUAUUUACUUACUGUAUAAAUUACAAACAAAAACAUUCUUUUUAAAACACACGUAUUAGAAACAAUUGCUACUUAAAAGGCUUGUCGUGAGAAGAAAGCUGGCAUGGCUGCAGAGAAAAGUUAGGAACGGCUGGCUUGCAGGACAUCUAACAGGGGCAGGAGGUUUUAUGUAUUCUUAGACAGCAAUUUGAUCUGUUUUAAAGAUGGAUUUUGACACUGUUAAAUCUGAUCUGAAUAAUGAAGUGUCAUGUUUAAUUCAUUCAUAAAUACAGUCUUACCUGGUUGCAGAGGAACAGCUAGAGUGCCUAAUUAAGUAUACAAUAGUACAACGCUCAACUAAGUAUAACCUAAUGGGGUCAGACCAGCAUAGCUCUGGAAGGGGAAAUUGUGCCUGUCUAACCUGUUACAGUUCUUUUAAAAUACCAACUAAGAGAUAAAGGUUACCCAGAAGCAUAAUUUGCUUAGCUACUCCGACAGCUUUUGAAAGGAUGGAAAGAAAUUAUGGCGGGUGGUUCUAACUGAGGAAAUUGAUUUAGCAAAAGAAUUAUUAAGGAGGUUCUAAUUAGAGGAAAUUAACUGAGGAGAGGGGGAAAAAGAAUUGUUAAGGAGGUUCUAAUUAGAGGAAAUUAAUGUUUUAGAGAGAGAGACACAGAGAGGGAGAAGUCUAAGAAAAGAAUCAAAACAACUUCCAGACAAGGAGGGCUGCUGGGUGACAGUGCCAACUCCCAGCCAGGCGGGUUGAUGUUCUACUCCUGAUAGCAAAGUGCUAUUAGAUGUGGCAAUAGAAAAGCCUCCUAUGACUCAACUGUACACUGACAGGGAGCUGGAUUAGACAGGGACCUGUGAUCUCUGCGGGGAGCCAAAAGGAAAGAGCAUCCUAGAUUAAAAUUGGCUCACAUGACAGCCUCUGAGUGAAGCGUGUCUCCACAUGUCAGAAGGCAGCUGCUGGUGUGUGUGUGGGAGGGGACGCCCUGGCGGUACACCAGGGCCUGUGCCAAGUAUGCUCAUUAACAGUACGAUGGCAUAAAAGGUGUACAGGCAAUGUAGGCUGCAGUGAACACAGGCAGCAAAAUCUGGAAAGGUAACAUGCAAGAAGGGACUGCUGGAAGGUGAAAUUCAAAGUACAUGUCCAAAAGAGUCCAAACAUCUCCAAUUCGUUGGAGCCUCAGAGCACUUGGGAGCCUUGAUGGAUGGAGAUGAUUAUCAUGGACACCAGAGGAAAGACUUCAGCCUUGAGAGCAGCAGCACAUUGAAAUUAGACCUUUAACAAAAUGAGUCAGGAGAGAAGCACAGUGUACAAGCGACCUAAGAAGAUGACAGGGACUUGGACAAAGUAGACUUGAAAGAUUGUAAGAUUUCACCCCCCAAAAAAAGAUAAAGCCAACACACACCUAGGUAAUUUAACCAAUGAUGGAGGCUUUGACAGAGGAAAAUAGCCUAGCGUGGGCUGGAGCACAAGGAAGCUGAUUACUAAGGCUGGGGAAGGAGGAGGGAGGGGGCUUUUUGGCUUAGGGAAAUCUGUGCCCAUCAUAAAUAGCUCAAUAAAUAAAGGCAUGCACGAAUUCAAGUAUGUUGUUAAGUUUCGACAAUAUCUCAAAAAAGGAAAGCCAAGAAAAGACAGAAAGAAAAAUCCACCAUUUUUUGAAAUUACUUUGCAAAGCUCCAGUCUUCUGAAAACAGCUGUAGGGAAUUCAGGGCACAGAGACACUCAGCAGCCAUGUGUGGCCCUGCUCAGCCAGGCAGGAGGAGCCCAGCCCCACCGCUCCCUUCCCAAAACUGCAUCAGCCACCUGCCUUUCCCUGCAUGCUGUAGCUUCUGCCAUCACAGUGGGGUGGGUUGUGGUAUUGUAGCAUCUUUCGGACCAGGACAGAUGUUGCCUUUUCACCAGAGUAUGACUAGCUCGCUCCAGGGGACACAGCCCGAGAACAUCUGUCUAAUGAGGGGAACUGGAAAUGAUUAUCUCAGCAUUUAUGUUUUAUGGCUUUUGUUUAGAAGAUGAAAUAAGUCAGAAAAAAAAAAAAAUAUGUUGAUUUCUCAUAUCUCUGUCUUUGAUUCCUAUCCUUUCCUCCAAAUUACACCAGAUAAGGGACCACUUUUAGACUGUAAGCUCUUCAGGGCAGGGACUCUCUUAUUGUAUGUUUGUACAGGGCCUAGUACUCUAGGGCUUGAUCCUUAACUGAGUUUUUGGGUUGCUAUUUAUUAUAGAUAAUAAACAACAGUAUGGA